AGUCAUAUGUUUCGUGUUCUACCUGAGUGCGUGCAGGGCAUUUCGAAAUUGAAGUUGAAAAUGAUAAUCAAAACUCAAAGGUAAUUCAGGUAAGAAUAAUAGUGUGUGCACAUCGAGGGCGCAGUCAACGGUUAGUACAUUGCAAGCGAUUCUAGUUCUCCUUCAGACCCUAGUGGAGUGUGUAUUCGUUGAUUUAUUGCAUUCGAGCGUAAUAUUUGAAUACAGCUUUUGUUUACAUGCAAUAUAUUGUGGUCGGAAUCAAUUUUAUGAAACUUGUGCAUCCUGGAUCGAUAAAGAUAUAUUUCUUUUAUUGGUCAUUGUAAAACAUACCACGUUUUGAUCAUCGAUGUCUCAUAAAUCAUAAAAUGUUAGUGACUACUAUAUAUAAACGCACCUACCCAGAUGUACACGGACUUCUUCAUUCGUCCGAUUAGCGUAAAUUGCGUGCAUUCCCGCUUAGACACACUUGAGGAUUAAAUACUUGAGUAAAACUUUUAAACGCCUUACUAUUAGUUGGUAAGUUAAUAAAAUAUUUCAUCAUAAUUACAUUAAAUAUGUUAUAGAAAUAUUCAAUACAAAGUUUACACAAUUUUAAACCUGACCCAUCGGGCCAACAUGUGUAUGUGACUUUACCAAGGCACUAUGUAUAAUUUUAUUGAUCAGAGGAUGGACUGUGUAUUUUAAGAUAUUUACAGAUAUUUUGCCAUUUUUCGUAGAAAGUUACUUGAAACACAAUUCAUUUUAAAUCUGAAAAAAUGAGAUGUUACAUCCUACAUUGGCGAAUAUUUUUUUCUAUAAAUUUAACAUAUGCAGAACAACAAAUAAAAUUGAUUUUAUCUGCUUCCGAUAGAAAAGCAAUGACUGCACCUGAACAACGUCCCAGACUGAACACAUUUUCAAAAUACAUCAGAAACGGAAAUAAACCUAAUUAUAUUGCAUCCACGCCACCCUCUGUAUCCGAUACUAUCGAUUAAUAAUUCAGAGUAAUUGGUUUAGCCUUUAGAAUAAUUUAAACUCAAGUUUGUCUAUUUUUCUCUGAAACACCUAUAGCAGUGGCGGAUCCUGGCGUUGUGAGUCUGUGGAGUCCGGGGUCUGGAGGCUUUUAAGUUACUUUUAAACAAGUACCAACAAUCAAUUGAUUUCUUUAUGCACUUGUUUGAUUUUGUUCUGGUCUUAUUACUUUAAUUUAUUAUUUAUCUCCACAAAAGCAGGAAAUUCAGUAAUGUUGAUGUAGAAGCAGCCUUACGAUGUGUGGUGAAUUCAAGUUCAGAUAAAUCGACUAAAGAUAUCUCACUGAGUCGACAUGAGAUUUAGAAACCGUUCAAACCAUUUCCAUGAAUCUCAAAAGAUAUUCAGCAUGUCUCGUUGCAAGUCUGUUUGCAACAAUGGUAGCUUUCAGCACCCUAGUUAUGUUGAGUCAAAGAUUGGGACCAGACCACUUUAAACCAAUAAAAAUUCUGAAUGUCAUGCUACAAGGUAAUCGGAUGUCAUCCAAUGGCCUCAUCAAGUCCACGACAUUCAGAGAUCCACUUCCGGUUGCAACAAAAACUGAUAUAGAACUUACUUCAAUAGCAAAUACUCAAAUAAAGCCAUCGGUGCCUCCGUCUUCCUCUCUGCUACCUUCCCCAACGAAAGUCGGUGCCACUUCAUUCGCUACGAAACUCAGCACAACAUCUUCCAAUGUAAAAUCCAGCACCCCAGCAGCUUCCACGAAAUCAAGCAUCACAACAGUAACAGAUGCUAAAUCUACGGGAGUAUCAGAGUCGUCUUCCAUUAUCAAUGUGACAAAAACAAAACCCACAUCAUCCUCACCGAAAACAGCCACAAGGAAGCCCACAUCGCCCUCACCGAUAAUAGCCACAACAAAGCCCACAUUGCCCUCAUCGGCAACAGCCACAACAAAGCCUACAUUGCCCUCAUCGACAACAGCCACAACAAAGCCCACAUUGCCCUCACCGAUAACAGCCACAACAAAGGCACCAUCCAAGUUCUAUGUGUGUUCCACGUUCAUGGGAGGACUUGGAAAUAAUUUAUUUCAGUUUGCGUCGGGAUUUGGCAUUGCUGCGUCCAAGGACAUGCAGUUUGUGGUAGGAGAAAGUGAUCUGAUAUCCCGAAUAUUUCAGCUGAAAAGCAGUAGACACCUUCUCAUAAGUAGAGACAGACACGAGUGUGCCCGCGCCAGACCUCGCGUAGAAGCACGUGCGUGUUCCUACGAUAAAAAUGUUGGAAACUUUAAACCGGAUGCUACAUAUAGAGUUGCAAGUUAUUUGCAAUCAUGGAAAUAUUUUCAAAAUGCAUCCCAAGAAUUACGGGAACAAUUGAAAUUUAAAGCUCAAAUCCAGACGAAAGCUGACAGUAUUAUAGAUGGUAUUUUAAAGAAAUACAAUGUAUCGCGAAAGAAUGUGACAUUAAUUGCUAUUCACGUAAGACGUGGAGACAUGGUCAAUCAUGGCUUCGGAUAUUUAGUGGCUACGAAGGAAUACUUUGAAAAAGCAAUGGAAUUGUUCAGCAAUUAUUCUAGUCCUAUUUAUAUACUUUGUUCUAAUGAUCUCGCAUGGUCUAAGGCGAACAUACCUCAGACGAAAACUGUUGAGUUUAUAUCUGGGAAUUCAGCGGAAGUAGACAUGGCAUUGAUGGCGUCAUGUGAUCACGUGAUAUCAUCAGUGGGUUCCUUCAGCUGGUGGACGGGCUGGCUGAAUAAUGGUACAUUGACAUACUACAAAUGGCCUGCCAAGGAAGGAUCCGGUCUCCGCGCUCAGUUCAGUUCCAACUUCAUGGACUAUUUCUAUCCACAUUGGACAGGGUUAUAACCAUUACUAUUCUUAGUGUAUUGGGUGAAGUUUACAGUAUUGAUGAAAUUGUGUAUAACCAUAGCAUACUACGUUAACAAUUAUUGAGGUUAUUUGUAUGAACUCUAGAUUGGGAUGAAUGUAGAAAACAAAUGAACGUGAUUCCUUAUAACAGGUCAUUUCUGCGGUUGUCCAUUAAUUGCAGAAUUUUGCGGAUAGGGAAAAUCCGCAAGAAGUACAAUCGCAAAAUAUAUAGAUACAUGUAUAACAUCCGCAGAAACGUGGGAUAUAAUUUGCUACCUAUUAGGGAUCAAAUCGCUAACAUUUUCAAACACAGAAACCAGUAAGCCGAAGUGUUUGAUAUACUGUAUGUUUGAUGUCAUAGUUCGUUAAUCUGAUCACCAUUAUGUUGGUAAAAGUUCUUUUGAAUAUGUUGGAAAUGUUGAGCAUCUAUUAUUAGCAUGUAGUAUUAUUGAUAUUGAGGGAUAUGAUGUUAUUGUUAUCGUCUGCUCGUCAAUUGGUACCAAAAUGUCUGUGAUAAGCAUUUGUCAUUAAAGCGAACUUGUAUAUAUCAUUGCAAUAAAAUUUUACUUUUUAA